CCCGUGGCAGACAUAGAAGACGGAAUUAAAGAAAUAAUUUCCGUUGCCGACAAAGUAAUUGACGAUUUUGAAAAGGAAACGGAAGCCGAAGUUGAAAUGGCCCAAGAAGAAAAAUUAUUAGCCAAAAAAGCCGCCAGCGAGACGAAAUUGACAAAUCUCCGAGAUAAACUUGACCGUAGAAAUAAAGCGAUAGCGGAAUUAGAGAAAAAGAUUAAGGAUUUGAAAGAUAAAGAAAGCGGAUGA